CGCGUUGAAAUUUCGGUUUGGCUCACAAUUACUAUCAUCUCUCCCACUUUCUCUUCACGCACGCCACUAUCUCCCCGCGCUCAUAUCCCAGGAUCCCGACAUUACCGAGAGCGACUAUUUCAGCCGCACAGGUAUCUAUUCGGCUAAAUCCGUACGAUAAAGCCGAGAAGCACUCGCAGACCGUUCUACCAAGCAAUCUUUACGGUAUUCCAGAGAUAAGCAGACAGCCCGAGCCACCUGCUGUGAUAAGUCAUUGCCCUCCCGGGCAAAGCUCUGCUUUCUUCGAAUAUCCACCCUUUCGCUGGAAAUAAAUCGCCCCCAAUCAUUUGUACAUCCCCAAACGAAUCUACCGAUCUCGUCGUACGAUGUCGCUAAGUCAGACACGUAUCAAGCUGGAGACAUUUUUCUGGGGAAAGCCGCCCUCGGAUCCCAAGGAGAGAAAACUUCUCUUGAAACUGGACUUGAUCAUACUUUCCUAUGCCUGCUUGUCUUAUUUCUGCAACUACCUCGACAGAGCCAAUUUGGCGAAUGCAUAUACCACUGGAAUGAAGGAGGAUGUAGGAUUCCAAGGCAAUGACUACACCUACGCCAACUCAAUGUUCACAGCCGGCUAUAUUGUAGGCCAGUGGCCCUCUGCUCUCAUCCUCUCUUCCGGUCGUAUCUCGCCGAGGUUCUGGUUCCCGUUCUGCAUGAUUGCGUGGGGGUUAUGUACCCUUGGUCUAGCCUGGGUGACCACUCCUCAUCAAGUCUGGGGGAUCCGAUUCGUACAAGCACUGUUCGAAGCCUCCACCUUUUCCGGCACGCACUACAUUCUUGGAUCAUGGUACAAAGACCACGAGUUGGGCAAGCGAUCCGCCGUCUUUGCUACAGCUGCUCAAAUUGGUACCCUCUUCUCGGGCGUCAUGCAAGGGGGCAUCAUGACCAACCUUGAUGGCAAAGGCGGUCACAAAGGCUGGCAAUACCUCUUCAUCAUUGACUUUGCCAUUACCGUCCCGAUAGCCAUCUAUGGUUUUGUCAUGUUCCCGGGAACACCACACGGUACCAAGGCUUUCUGGCUGACGCAAGAGGAAAGAGAUCUCUGCCUCCGUCGAUUACCCCAUGUCGAGCAGCACAAGAUGACUUUCGGCACACUCGGAACAUCACUUAAACGACUGCUCACUUCAUGGCGGUGGUAUCUUUUCACCGCCUUGUUCACCGUGUCUGCUACCGCCUUUGAAAAGGUCGGAGUUUACACUGAAUUCAACCUUUGGCUCAAAUCGGCGGGAUACAAUGCUCGACAGAUCUCCUACUAUCCCUCCAUCUUUACAGCUACAGCCAUCGUCUCCACCUACUUUCUCACUGUCCUCUCCGACGCGACCCGCAACCGGUUCAUGGUGAAUCCCAUCAUGUUUGUCGCCGUGUUCAUCUCCUCUGUCAUGCUCCUCAACUGGGACCAUCUCACCCCCGGUGGGCAUUGGUUCGCAUACAUCAUCGGAGGAUUUGGCUAUGCAGGCCAAGCUAGUAAUUUCGCCUGGGCGAAUGAGCUUUGUCGGGAUGAUGACGUUCUGAGGUCCAUCACCCUGUUCACCAUGAACCUCGGAUCCAACAUUUGGAAUCUCUGGUACCAGAUUGUAGCCUGGCCUGUCGUUGAAGCCCCCCGUUUCCGGAACGGCCAAAUCGCCACCUUGGUCUGUGGGGCUGUGUCCGUAUUGAUUGCCGCGGCCAUCGUCUACUGCUCUAAACGAUGGCCACCCAACCUUCCAAAGGCUGAAAUCGAUCACGACAGAGAAAGCGUGGGAGGCGAGGCGGACGCAAAGAUGAGGAAGGAUGAGGAAGCUGGGAUCGCUGUAGAGGGUGUACGAAUUUAA